AAAUUCUAUGAACAAGUCGAAAAUGCAGAGAUCAUAGUUACCGUCUUUGUUGUUGGAUUCAUCACAUGGUCGUCAUUGGUAGACAUGGCGGAUCGUUGGUGGAGUACAGUAGAGCUACUUGCUCUUGCUCUUAUCAUCUUACUGUUUCAGUCUGGUUUGGGACAGUUGGAGCCGUUAAAAAAUCGGACAGAGCGAGCUGCGCUACUUGACCUCCGCUCUUCGUUAGGGUUGAGGGCCAAAGACUGGCCGAAGAAAGCUGAUCCCUGCUUGGUUUGGAUCGGUGUCCAAUGCCAGAACGGUCAUGUCGUUGGAAUCAACUUAUCGGGGUUGAGGCGUUCUCGCGUUGGCCGUAUCAAUGCACAGUUCUCAGUCGAUGCACUCGCCAAUCUCACUCUGUUGGCCUCCUUCAACGGCUCCGGUUUCUUGCUUCCAGGCUCCAUUCCCGACUGGUUCGGCGAACGCCUCCACUGGCUGCAAGUGCUUGAUCUCCGGUCUUGUUCUGUUAUCGGUCCCAUCCCUUCUUCUCUGGGAAACUUAACCACUCUCAAUUCUCUAUAUCUCUCUAAGAAUAGCCUUACUAGCAUAAUCCCACCUUCGCUAGGUCAGUUACUGAACCUCUCAGUGUUUGAUCUCUCGCAGAAUAUGCUCACUGGAUCUAUUCCUUCGUUUUUCUCCGCUCUCACCAAUCUCACCUUGCUUGACCUAUCUUCAAAUUUCCUGUCAGGGCCGAUUCCUACCGUCCUUGGGGCCCUGACCGGCCUUAGAUUCUUGAAUCUUUCCAGCAAUAGCCUCUCUGCCGGUAUUCCCGCCCAGCUCGGUGACCUUUCUAGCCUGCUUGACCUUGAUCUCGGCUCGAAUUCCUUGUCCGGGACGUUGCCUCCGGAUUUGGGAGGGAUGAGGAGUUUGCAGAAGAUGUCACUUGGGAAAAAUUUUCUUACGGGAUCGUUACCGAAUGCCUUGUUUUCUGCUCUCGUGCGGUUGCAGUUUGUGGUGUUGAGUCACAACAAUUUCUCUGGUGCUCUUCCCGAUUCCUUGUGGUCAAUGCCCGAGUUGCAAUUGCUCGAUGUCUCCGGGAAUAACUUGACGGGUAUUCUUCCUAACCGUAGUUCAAAUGCAAAUGCCACACUUCCGGUAUUCAAUGUCUCGGACAAUCAGUUUUAUGGAACUCUGACUUCCCUUGUUGGAAGUUUCAGUUUAAUUGAUUUGUCUGAUAAUUAUUUUGAAGGCAGUGUUCCUGUUGAUACACUGAGUAAUGCUUCUCUUGCCAACAACUGCCUUCAGAAUGAAUCAAAUCAGAGGAGUUCGAAAGACUGCUCAUUGUUCUAUAUGGAAAGAGGCCUGAAUUUUGGAGGCUCAAACACAAGCCAGUCUCCCCCUCCCGUACCAGUAGACACCCACAAGAACGGAAAUUUAGCACCCAUUUUGGGCGGAGUGUUUGGAGGACUUGGUUUUAUUGUGCUCUUGGUGUUGGUUUUAGCACUGAUCCUAUGCAGACGUGGCAAUGGCGUUUCAGAUCAAAGAGGGAUUGAGGUAGGGCCUGUCCCUGCUGGAAGUAGCCCAUCUCCUCCUGGAAUUGCUAUUAACUUUUCAAGUUUGGGAGAUGCAUAUACAUAUGAGCAGCUUCUCCAGGCCACUAGUGAUUUUAAUGAUUCAAACUUAAUUAAAAAUGGCCACUCAGGGGACCUCUUCCAAGGUGUCUUGGAUGGUGGCAUUCCUGUAGUUGUCAAGAGGAUCGAUGUCAGCUCAAUCAAGAAGGAAUCAUACAUGAGGGAGUUGGAUUUCUUUAGCAGGGUUUCUCACCCAAGGUUGGUGCCCCUCUUGGGUCACUGUUUGGAGCCGGAGAAUGAGAAGUUCCUGGUUUACAAGUACAUGCCAAACAAGGACUUGUCUAAUUCUUUGUACAGGAAAACCAAUUUAGAAGAUGACAGUUUACAAUCUUUGGAUUGGAUAAAAAGGCUUAAAAUUGCAAUUGGAGCUGCUGAGGGUCUAUCUUAUCUACAUCAUGAAUGUAAUCCACCUAUUGUUCACAGGGAUGUUCAAGCAAGCAGUAUCCUUCUUGAUGAUAAAUUUGAAGUGCGGCUUGGAAGCUUGAGUGAGGUUUGCAAUCAAGAAGGAGAUACUCACCAAAACGUGAUCACAAGGUUGCUACGAUUGCCACAGAACUCUGAACAAGGCCUUUCUGGUUCACCAUCUGCAACUUGGGCUUCUGAUGUCUAUUGUUUUGGGAAGGUCUUACUUGAGCUAGUAACAGGGAAGCUGGGCAUCAGUGCAUCUGAUGAUGCCUCUAUGAAGGAGUGGCUGGAGCAAACACUGCCUUAUAUCAGUGUACAUGAGAAGGAACUGGUAACAAAGAUUGUGGAUCCAUCUCUCAUUGUAGAUGAUGACCUGCUGGAGGAGGUAUGGGCAAUGGCUAUUGUGGCAAUGUCAUGCCUUAACCCCAAGCCAUCCAAGCGCCCACUUAUGAGGCAUAUUCUUAAAGCAUUGGAAAACCCAUUGAAAGUGGUGAGGGAAGAGAACUCUAACUCUGCACGAUUGAGGACAACUUCAUCCAGGGGAUCCUGGAAUGCAUCUCUUUUUGGUAGUUGGCGUCACAGCUCAUCGGACAUUACGGUCAUUCCAAGUGCCAGCAGAGAAGGAGGUAAUGUUCGAAGACAGUCCGGGACAGCAGGUUCCAAUGGGAGUGGGCAAGGUAGUGGAUGUGAUCUCUCAUCUUCCCACAAGAGACUCUCUAAAGAGAUUUUCCCUGAACCAGAUGAUGUUAGGAAUGUAGAGAGGCCAGAUGAAGACUAGCAUAAAUGGGUUUUCUGAUUCUUUGUUAAUAAUACUGCAGCAGGCUCCCCAUUUGAGUGUCUGCUCAUUUUAUCCCACCACCCACAUUCUUAGGUUUCUCAAUGGGAGGAUCCUCUGUAGCAAUUCUUUUCCUUCAACAGUGUGAUGCUACUGCAGAAGCCCCAAGGGGCAGUAUCCAGGAGAACUGUCGGCAAAGGAUAGAGAAACAAUGAUUUUGAAGGCAGUGGCACUGGGUUUUGUAAUUGUGGUGGCACAUUGAAGGCGAGAGAAAGACAGAUGCAGCUGCCUGAUUCAUAUUGUUGGAAAGCUAAAAUAUUUGUGAAAGCAAGCUGCAAUUUUUAUCUUGUAA